GGCAUCGCUCGCAUAUCGCACGCGGCCGGCGCGGAGUGAGCACGUUCGUACGGCACGCAUGCGCGACACCGCUCCGCUAGCAUCGGAACAUUUCUCGCGAACUUUUCACAAGUUACAUAUUAUUAUAAUUUGAAUAAACUAAUUAGUGAGUGAGAGUUAUCGUGACGGCAUUGUUGUGGAACUGCAGUUAUGUUCUGAGUGUGCGAGGUGUAUCUUACGUUUCGAUCACCAUUAAAUGUAGGAUGAGACAGAUAUAUUAAGAGAUUGGGAAGCCUUCACAAUGGCGUAUUACCGGUGCGGCCCGACGGCUAUCGGCAGCCGCACGUCGUGGGGGCCCGUCACCUCGCCCACCUCCGUCGAGCCCAAGAGCUUCGACAGGCCGCUCAGCGGGAACUUUGAUAGAAUAUUUAAUGCCUUUGAGAGGACUAAUGCCUUUGAGUACAUCCGGAACUCGUUCGAAGGCGGGAAGGAGGAGGAGGAGCGCCACAUCGGGCACGGCGACAUCGUGGUGAACAGGAAGAUGAGCAGCAGCUACGAGCGCGCCGACUGCGCGCUGGCGGCGCAGACGCCCUGCUCCGAGGACGAGGACUUCUACCGGGAGAAGAUCCUGUACUCGCAGGCGAGGCAGCUGUUCCCGCUGCAGGAGGACCUGGCCGACUGGAUCAACAAGACCAUCGGUAUCACGUACCUGUCGGGCGAGAACUUCCUGGACGUGCUGGACAACGGCGCGGAGCUGUGCCAGCUGGCCGCCGUCAUACACGACCGCGCGCGGGAGGCGCUCGACCAGGGACUCAUCGUAGGACCGGUGCCGCAGAUCCGUGGGCGCUGCUGGCAGCGUGCGGCGCGGCGCAGCUUCUUCUCGCGCGACAACACGGAGAACUUCAUCACCUUCUGCCGCGAGCUCGGCGUGCAUGAAAACCUACUGUUCGAGAGCGAUGACCUCGUGCUGCACAACCAGCCGCGGCAGGUGAUCCUGUGCCUGCUGGAGGUGGCGCGCCUGGCCACCAAGUUCAACGUGGAGCCGCCAGGGCUCGUGCAGCUGGAGAAGGAGAUAGCGCUGGAGGAAAGGGACUCUGGACUCGACUCCGCCAUGUCAGCCACAGCAUGGCAGUUCAGAGACGCCUCGCCGCCGCCCAGAGAUGACAACAGGUCAGCCAUCGCAGUAACAUCUACGACACAAGAUCCCAAUGACUCGCAACUAUCAGCCGUGGACAACGCAGAUGCCGAGAGCACUAAGUCAGACGGCACGGCGGCCAGCACGGACUCCGACGUGCCGCUCAAACCUACUAAUGAACUCGACAAGAGGGUGCAGUUAGUGACGCGGCUAAUGGAGCGCGGCUGCAGCUGCAGCUCCGGCAAGUGCUCCAAGCUGCUGAAGGUCAAGAAGGUCGGCGAGGGACGAUACAACAUCGCCGGCAGAAAUGUCUUCAUUAGGUUGCUGAAGGGUCGGCACAUGAUGGUCCGCGUGGGCGGCGGCUGGGACACGCUGGAGCACUUCCUGUCGCGCCACGAGCCCUGCCAGGUGCGCCUCGUCACCCCCGGCCGCCGCGACCUGCUGCCCGUCCCGCCACCACCGCCCGCCCUCUCACCCGCCAGCAGUAGAGCCUCGCUCACCAAGGAAGCCUCAGUAGCCGGCACCGUCUCACCCGUCGAUAGCAAAGCUUCCUCCAUCAGCGGCAAGACGUCUCCCGUGGAGCUGCGCAGCGGCCGCUCCACCCGCGCCUCCAGCAAGGCGAGCAGCGGCAAGAGCUCCCCGCAGCCCGAGCCGCGCCGCACCUCCACUCCGGUCAAACAGUCGUCUACUCGCAGCCUGCGCUCGGGCCUGACGCUCCCCCUGCGGGCAGACUCAGUGGACGGCCGCUCCCCCAAAUCCCCCGCGCCGCGGAAUAGGAAGCAGUCCGCCCCCUCCAGCUUCAGCACCCCCAACACGCCGACCAGUAGAUCAGUUAGAACGCCACCCGUAGAGCACAGGAAAUCACUCACCUCCACCACAUUGGCUAACACACCUAAGAAGUCCCGCAGUAUGAGUUUGGCUUACGUCCAGAAAGACGAUAAGAAGGCGUUCUGCGGCACGGACCGGCUCAACCAGAUCAAGAAGACCAGAAGCACGAGUGCGGCCAGCACGCCGGCCGAGCCUGCCCGCAAUCCCGCCGAGCCCGCCGCCGCUCGCAAGACGCGCAGCCAGAGUCUCGCCUCCACUCCCGUCAAUGAGCCCAAAAAGACAUUCAAUGGCACUAACGGGUACGGCAAGAAGACCAGGAGUAUGAGCCUGGCGACGCCCGUUGACUUCAAGCCUUUGAACAAGAGUAUAUCAGUAAACGGAGCGAUGACGCAGGCCGCCAUCGAGGAGAGCAUCCGGCUUUCGCUGGCCGCCACCAUCGCCGACGACACCUCCGCCAAGAAACCCUUCUUACACAUUAAAGCCAAAUACCGAAGUCCCCCGCCGCGCGAAGUGCCGCCCAGAUAAUCAGUGCACGCGACUAUUCUUCAUUCCACUAGUUUUAAAGUUUGACACUUAACUAAGGCAUCGUUAUUAAAGUUCAAUUAGUUUCGUUAACUUGUAAGCAUUAUUUAGAUCUCUUAACUGAGCAAUCUCAUCUUUAUCAAGCUCGUAGUAUUAAGUAGUCGCUCUAAUGUAAACCACACAUUCAUGCACUCCAUCAGUACGGGAGAACUAGUCAUAAUGAAUUUGUUAUUGUAAUUAUAAUGAUACGCUAAUGUCUAAUGAUAAUUUCCAAUUGCAAUAUUGUAUCUUAUUAAUUUUGAUAACUAUUAUUUGUUUGAAUCUUUAUUAUUUCGUGAGAAUUAUGUUAGUUUUAUUUUCUUUAAUUUAAUUUUGAUGUGUGUGAUAUAAUUUUAAACUUCGCAUUUCUUUUAUUUGACAAUAAAGUAAGGAAUUAUGUAGAA